AUGUCGCGAAACCCCGCGGUGCCUAUGAGCAUCGACGCUAUGCUCGACAUGGAGCGCGAGGAGGUCUUGGCUCUUCUCGAGAGCAAGAAUUCGGGCAGCGCCGGCGGCCCUAUGCGAUCGAGCUCCCCGUACACCACCGCCCCGCGCUCUCCAGUCCGGAGCAUGCUGGACGUUGGCGACGACGAUGCUGGUUCUGCGCACGGCCGCACAAGCCCUGUGCCGCAACCGCCCGUCCGAAGCAUGCUUGACAUUGACGGACCGCCUCCGGCCGCGCAGCCCGUUCGCAGCAUGCUCGACGUCGGCGGCCCUGCGGCCCUGCGGCCUAGUUCCCAAACACGAGCUCCAUACAACAGAAGCGUGCCCAGCUCCCCUACUAUGGCCACCUCAUCGCUUUACAAGGGCUCAUCUCAGCCCCCCAUCUCUCGACUGCACCCGCGAAGCUCCUCCGAUGCCGCCUUCAAGCCCGCCGAGUUUGGAGCUAGAAAGCCUCUAGGAAGCAAUGACCGCACUUCAGAAUACCAGUUUUCCGGCAUCCUGCCUAGCAGCGCAUCGGGUAACCUCCCAGGCAAGCGGGCCUCCCAGAGCAAGCGGACCUCUGGUGGCAGCUCUCUAGUUGAGGCGUUGCGAGGGUACGACUUUAGUGGCUUACAACUUCCAAGCCGUGCUAGGAACUCAUCGGCAAACCGUCCCGGAUACCAUCAGUCCAAGUCACCGCACAACCGCUGGAACGACCGAUCCAAGUCACCUGCCGUGCCCCGCGACCCCAAUCAGGUCAUGCUUAGUGACGGCCGAAUCGUGGACAUGAACAACGCAUACAGAAGACUCUCGGACGCGAACCUGGCCUUUUCAUCGGGCAGCCUCUCCCAGCUUCCCAUGCGGAAACGAUCCGACGACGCCGGAACCGGACGUCUGAUUAAGGACUAUCUUGGCCCUGAUGGAGAGCAUCUGGAAUCUAGUGACGAUGACGAGGCAUAUUCAUCGGAUGACGAGGAUCGUGGUCGUACGAAGGCCCCGCGCUCCCUAAACCCCGAUGCAAAGGGCGAAAGUGAUGACGAUAAUUCUCGCUCCCGCUCUGGUGGGAUCAAGCGUGCCCCUCUGAGUUUGCUUGCCGCCGCCGACGAAGAUCGGUCCAACAUUGCAUCGCAGCAGAGCUAUCAAUACAGGUCCCUGCUGGAGCCAGAAAUCAAGGUGACAAAUACAUCUGGGGAGACAGUCAAACCUAGCAAGGCGGGGGUCCAUCCUCACACUAGCUACGAUCACAACCCCAACUCGGCUACGCAGUCAGUCGUAGACUCGGACGAAGAGGCCGACGUGGACGACAUCAAGCGAGCGCAGAACCUUUCUUUCACGAUGACGAAUGUUUUGCACAACCCCGAAGCGCACAGAUCGAUUCGGAUCAUCUAUCGAGGUGAAUACCACAAGAUUACGCAGAGCGCUGAAGAGGAGCACCGGCGACUGCGUAAGUACUUGGUGGCGACGGAUCUCAGCGACGAGUCUACGCACGCACUAGAGUGGGCAAUCGGAACCGUGAUUCGCGACGGAGAUACACUGAUUGCAAUUUACUGCGUGGACGAGGAGACGGGGGUGGUGACAGGAGAGGGGUCGCAGGUGCCGGACGACCCGGCGGCGAUGAAGGAGCAGGCGGCGGCGAUUAACACGGUGACCAACACCAAGGUGACGCCGGCGCCUCUCAGCCCGGUGACGGAGUUCAAGAGGCUGCACCGGCGGGACGACUCGUCGGGGACUACGGGCAGCUCGCCAGCGCCGACGGCGGUGCGGGGGGAGCGGACCAAGGCGGAGGAGGAGCGGGAGCGGGCGAUCCAGGGAAUGACGGAGAAGAUCUUGCGACUUUUGCGCAAGACGAAGCUCCAAGUGCGAGUGAUAGUGGAGGUACUGCACUGCAAGAACCCGCGACACCUGAUAACGGAGGUGAUCGACUUGGUGAAUCCGACGUUGGUGGUGAUAGGUAGCCGAGGCCGGAGCGCACUCAAGGGCGUCAUCUUGGGCUCCUUCUCUAACUACCUGGUGACGAAGAGCUCAGUGCCCGUCAUGGUGGCGCGGAAGCGGCUCCGCAAGCAGAGCAAGUACAAGCAAAAGGCGAUUCGGCAGGUCAACAACUUGAGCAACCCGACGGCGCGAAGUCUUGCGAGCGCCAAGAUUGACUAG